AUGGUGAAUGUAUAUGAUCCUUGUUAUUUUCCAUUUUUUAGCUUACCGGAUAAAAUAAUCUAUGAUAUCUUUAAUUUCUUAUACGGAACUGACCUAGCUAAGCUUUGCUUGGUAUCCUCUCAGUUCAAUCAUUGGAUAUUUGCUCGAAAUCAACUUGCGUGGAAAGAUGCGAUCUAUUCUGAAUUAAGUACAAAUCCAGUCUUGAUAAGCCAAGAAAGUUAUCGAGAUUUUUAUAAGAGAGCCUAUUUAGGAUUAUAUCGGUGUAUAAUCGAUAAAGUUUCAGAACGUAAAAAGUUGGGUAUGGAACAGAAACGGAGUAGUGAAGAUACGCCCAAAUGUGUUUGGAGAAGCUCUUUUCUAGUUGAGAAAGAAUAUUCAUAUGGCCAUUACUUAAAGCAAGAGAAAACACAACAAAACUCAUCAUGCAUACGUGCUAAUCUAGAUCGACAAGAUCGUUUACGCCGCUAUUUGUGUACUGCAGCAAAACAUGGUUACGAAGUUUGGGCAGCUACAUUAUGCCAUCAAGGGGCUAAUAUUUGUGGCCUCUAUUUUACUCUUGGUCGUAUUCAUUUUGAUAACUAUGAAGAUUAUUUCUUGUGUCCAUUAUACUUUGCUACACUUGAAAAUAAUGAAAGAAUGAUUCAAAAAAUUAUAGAAUUAGGAAUUCGUUAUCAAUCGCCAAAUCCAUACUAUAUAUUGCCAUCGAAUGAUGCUAGUUUCGCAGAAGAAAAUGCAUCGGGUGAUUAUGUGACUUUUUCACUACAUUUUUCAGAUCUACAAGAAAUGAUUUGUAAAGUAUUAAUAUGCAUAAAUGAUAAUGCUGCCUUAUUGGAGGCAUUUUUAAAUUCCUUGGAUUUACCAUCAAUUCAUCAAGCUGCAAUCUAUCAAAAUAUCGAUGAAUUCAGUAGAUUUUUCGACUAUAGUAGAAAUUCUGAUCUUAAUGACAUGGAUCAUUAUAAUAUGACGCCUAUAGUGUAUUGCAUAUUGCUAAAUCGAAAAGAUAUUGUUCGGUACAUUUACAACUCAAGGACAGACAUCAUUGUUGGUCGUCGCUUAGCCGAAUCUAUUAAAACAGUAUCAAGUAGUAUUCCAUAUGAUAUGUUAAAAAUUAUACGAGAACAUGACAAUAAAUGCUAUAAAGCUGUGGUAUUUGGAAUAUUUGCUGAUGAGAAAGUUUUUACUUCCGACAGAUUUAAAGAUGUACUUAGAUUGAUCUUAAUUGAUCUCGUUGAUGAAGAUGUAUUUUACGCUGCUUUUGACGGAGCUAUUUCCUCUGGAAGCAAUCAACUAAUUAAUUUAUUAAUUUUAGACUUAUUUACUUUUCUACGGUUAUAUAUAACUUCAAUCACUGAUGUACAACGUUUAUUUCAACAAAUUACAAGUAUAAGAAAGAAAGUUAUUGUCAAUCAUGGUGAAACAUUGCUUUGGAAGGCUCUACGCAGUGGACAUCAUGAUUGUUUUCGACUAUUAAUUCUGAAGCGCGUUUCGUUAUCUAAGCUUGCUGAAGGAUAUUCGGGGCUUCAUUCUUUAUGGUGGUUUUCAUCAAAUGUGUUGGCAAUUUUACCUAGCAAUAUGACUGUUACAAGUAAUAUCAGAUACGAACAGUUUCAUCAAUUUCUAUUACAGCUAAGAAACCCAGAUUUGGAUACUAAUGCAAUUGCUAAAACAUUGCUACCUUAUAAAUUUGUAAAAGCAAUUGUAGAUUUACCUAUAUAUAUAUUCCUGGAGCAAUCGCGAACUAUCGAUGCAUGGGCUGCCUGUAAUACCUUUAUAAUUGGAAUAAUGUUAUACAUUAUGUUGUAUGAUUGGAAACGUUCAAUCUUUGCGGAUCAUCAACUACAGAAAAGACUGGAAAAAAUCAGUUACACGCUAUUAGAGAAUUUAUUGUCCCUGCAGAUAAAAUAUUUUAACAUUAACACUCUUGAUAGUAGUUUUGGUGGUCGAGCAACUUUGUUACAUAUUGCAACACAGUUCGACAAUCCAAUGUGGGUAAAUUUAUUAUUACAAGCAGGAGCGAAUAGGCUAAUUGAAGAUAGUCUAUCAAAGAAACCAAUCCAAUAUGUUAAAGAAAGUGAUAAUAAGUGUAGAUACUUACUAGAAAAUUACCAAUCAUGUCCAAGACCUUAA